UUCUCCAUGAAUGACCUAAAUGAUCCCCCAAAUUGGAAUAUCAGACCUAACUCCAGAGCUGAUGGGGGUGAUGGAAGCAGGUGGAAUUACGCCCUGUUGGUCCCUAUGCUGGGAUUGGCAGCUUUCCGUUGGAUUUGGUCUAGGGAGUCCCAAAAAGAAAUAGAAAAAGAGAGAGAAGCAUACCGUCAGAGAACCACUGCUUUCCAGCGGGAUCUUGAAGCCAAGUACCAUGCUAUGAUCUCAGAAAAUCGGCGUGCAGUUGCUCAGUUGUCUUUGGAACUAGAGAAAGAACAAAACAGAACGACUAGUUAUCGAGAAGCCCUUAUUUCUCAGGGGCGCAAGUUGGUAGAAGAAAAGAAACUUCUGGAGCAAGAACGGGCUCAGGUAAUGCAAGAAAAAAGACAGAUGCAAUCUUUGAGAGGUGUGUAUAUGAGCUACCUAGAGAAGGAAGAAGACUGGCAAAGGAGAGCCAGGCUUUUGCUGAAAGAGUUUGAAGCUGCUCUCACAGAAAGACAGAAUAUCUACUGCAGCUUGAUUCUUCCUCGCAACAAGCGACUAGAAAUAGAGAAAAACUUACUGGUACGAGCGUCCGUUGACCCAGUUGCUGCUGACCUAGAGAUGGUAGCUGGUCUAACUGACAUCUUUAAACACGAUACAUACUGCAGUGAUGUCUGGAAUACCAACAAGCGCCAAAAUGGGAGGCUCAUGUGGCUGUAUCUCAGAUACUGGGAGCUAAUUGUCGAACUCAAAAAGUUUAAGCGAGUAGAGAAAGCCAUACUAGAAAAGUGAGACAAGAAUAAGAGAAAACUUUUC